UUGUUAUCUGAUGAUGUCACACAUUAUGUUGUCCCUGACUGCAAGGUUGUUCAAGAUUACCUUGAGAUUCUUGAGUUUCCGGAGCUGAAAGGUGUUAUUUUCAUGCAAACGGCAUGUCAAGCUGUGCAGCAUCAAAAAGGACGCAGACAGUACAACAAGUUGCGAAAUCUAGUAAAGGAUGCCCGUCAUGACUGUGUUGUGUUUGCUAAUGAAUUCCACCAGCAUUCGUACUUGCCAAGGCAGAAGGGGGAAUCCAUGGAGAAAUGGCAGACCAGGAGUAUUUACAAUGCAGCAGUCUGGUAUUAUAAUCACUGCUUGGGUCAGAUGCCAGUUGUUAUGGUAACAGAAGAUGAAGAUGCUAUCAGGCAGUACGGAAAUGAAACAGAAGGAGUGUUUGUGAUUUCCUUCAAGAAUUACUUGGAUAACUUCUGGCCUGACUUAAAGGCUGCCCAUGAACUCUUUGGGUCUAUACUUCAAGCUCGGCGUGAGCGGGAGAGUGAAAGCCAAGAAAACAAUGGAAAAGAAUAUCCUGAGCACUUACCUGUGGAAAUAUUGGAGGCUGGGAUCAAAUCUGGAAGAUAUGUACAGGGUACGCUGAGUGUCAAUAAGCACAGAGCACAACUGGAAGCUUUUGUUCGACUCCAGGGAUUUGGCAGCAAAGAGACAGAACUUCAAAGCGACAUCCUUAUUUAUGGGGCCCGAGCUCGAAAUCGCGCAAUCCACGGCGAUGUGGUGGCUGUUGAGGUUCUGCCUUUGCAAGAAUGGAAAGGAAGGACCGUCGCCCUCUGUGAAAAUGAGACAGAGGAUAAAGCACCCGCAGACACCACUGGCGACCCUAUGCCCACGGGUAAAGUUGUUGGAAUCAUUCAGAAGAACUGGAGGGAUUAUGUGGUCACUUUCCCCUCGAAAGAAGAGAACCAGUCCCAGGGCAGAAACACUCAGAAAGUCCUUGUUACACCUUGGGACUUCCGAAUUCCCAAAAUCCGGAUCAGUACCCAGCAAGCUGAAGCAUUACAGGAGUAUAGAGUUGUUGUGCGCAUUGAUUCUUGGGAAUCAACUUCUCUGUAUCCAAAUGGGCACUUUGUGAGAGUUCUAGGAAGAAUUGGAGAUCUGGAGGGGGAAAUUGCAGCUAUUCUGGUGGAGAACAGCAUCUGUGUUGCCCCUUUCUCAGAAAUCCAGAUGAGUGAAAUGCCCGUAAGUUCUUCAAAGAAUCCAUGGAAAGUGAAUCCAGAGGAGGAAGAAAAACGUCUGGACUUGAGAGAUACGCACUUGAUAUUCAGCAUUGACCCAAAAGGCUGCGAGGAUGUGGAUGACGCGCUCUCCGUUCGGACUCUGCCGAAUGGGAACCUAGAGUUGGGUGUCCACAUUGCAGAUGUAACUCAUUUUGUCGCAGCAAAUUCUUACACUGAUGUGGAGGCCAGAGCAAGGUAA